AUGCUGCCCUACUGCUCGAGCGAAGCACCGGACGUGUGGCUCUGUCUCCGCGGCCUCACGGUCGGCACCAUGUCGCUCUGGACGACCGUGGCGUGCGUCUACCUUGUCUAUAUCAUGCUGCCCGGUAGCAUCGGCUCGCCGCAUUUGCGGCCCAAUGUGCUCAUGGUCGCGCUCGCCGGCAUUGAGAUGUUUCUCGUGCUCGUGCGCUGUUUAUGGCUGGACGCACCCAAGCUCAUGCUUGGCGCCAAGUACUGCCGUGGCAUGCAGGUGGCGAUCUCGUGCUGGCUCUACGGCGCCUUGGCGUGCGAGAUCACGGGCAAGCGUGUCUGCCUCUACGGGCUCCUCGCGCCCGUGCUGCUCGGCGUCGCGAUCCUCAUGACUGCCGACGUUGUCAUUAUGCUCGAUGACCCGAUCGUCGACUGCCACCACUCGUCAUGGCUCGUCAUGUCCCUCGCGUCCGCAACGCUCGCCGUGAGCUUUGCCAUGUCGGGCUCGGUCGUCCUACGAGAGAUGAAGGCCGCUAAGUCGGUUCAGCGCAACGCGAUCAAAGGCCUGCUUGGCAUCUCGCCCAACGAGCUCGAGCAGUCGUACAAGCAGCUCUGGCUCCUGCUUCUUGCCAACAUGAUUAGCUCGCUCUUGCAACUGUCGUACGACUUGUACAUAGCCUAUAUCGUCGUCGGCGACACUAAUUGCACCAAACUCUUUUACGACGACGACGACGGCGCGAUCGAACAGUUUAUUCGCCUCUGCAUCUCGAUCGGCAGCUUUGUGUACCCCGAGUGGGUUACACUGUAUGUAUUUUACUGGAUCCCGCGCCACCACUUUGGCACGAACCUCGACGUGCCCGAACUCGACAUUGUGUCUGACGACGACACGUACCAGCUGUACUACCAGCCAACGUCCCCGCGCCACCGGUCGACGUCGACCACAACUCUCUAG